AUGACCGACCUAGAGAGCAUAACCCACAUGCUGCAGUGGGUGGUGCCGUUCGCCUCGCCGCCGGCGGUAGAGCAGCUGGGGCGCGCGCUGUGGGGGCUGGGCUCCCUCACCCUUGUGCUGGCCCUCACCACCGUGCUCCACCAGCCGGCCGCCGGACCUGUCUUCGCCCACUACAAGGCCGCAUACUAUACCGUCCUUGCCUUCGUCCUCUUCGUCGCCGUGCCGGUGGAGCUGGGGAGCGCCUUCUGCCUGCCCCGCUGCAGCCACGGGCGCCGGAUCCAUCAUUUUGCCAGGGUUCUCGUCCCCUGCGCUUACCUGCUGCUCCUCGUCGUCAUCUCCGUCGGGUUGCUAUUCUUGGAAGUUAGUCUUGUACCUCAAGGAAAUGAAGCCAGUGGUUACGAACUUACGAUCUCUUUGUCGCACACCCGCAGUCACAAUUUCCAGAUGAUCAGCACCGACGUCUUGCCAAAGCAGCACUCGACGUGUAAGGUCGGCUUCCCGCAGCGCGGCUUCUUCCACACGGUGGUGCAGUUCCUGUGCUCGCUCGACGUGCUCGUGAGUGAUGCCGAGGCGCUCCGGCAGGGGUUCAAUGAGUACUCCAGCUGGCCCACCUGGCCGCAGCAUUGCAUUGACGGUGAGUUCUUCUGCGGGGCGACAUCACUCUCGUGUCCUCCUCUGCAGGUGUCUCACAUAAUACGAACAGCAAAAGGUGUACUCUGCUUUCUUGUUUACCGCGGCCACAAUUUCCAAGUGGUCUGCAUUGACGUCUUGCCAAAGCAGCGCUCAACGUUUCUGGUCGGCUACCCGCAGUGUGGCUUCUCCCACAUGGUGGUGCAGGUUCUGUGGUUGCUUGUUGUGCCCUUCGAAACGCUCAAUGUGCUCGCUGACGAGGCGCUCCAGCAGUGGCUCAAGGAGUACUCAAGCUGGCACACCUCCCCGCAGCUCUACAUCGAAUUCGAGUUCUUCAGAGGGUGUGACAUCACAGUUGUAGGAUUGGAGUGCACAUGGCACUCUGUACCGGUGGAAUAUAUGCUCUCUGCCUUUCCUUCUCCCAUGAUUAUGAUUACGGUUCAAAAUUUGACUCUGCUGUAG